GAAAUACACAAACAUGUGUCGCUCAAGUAUAGAGAAAGUCAUAAGCUUAUAUCUUUUUAACCAUGAAUUAUAAUAAUUUUAACUAUCAUGGCAAUUCAUCGACUUCUCUUACUCAUUCAGCACAGUCAACUCUGCAGGAGCCCAUCCCACCAUAACGAACGCGUUUACUUUGAAUGCAUUCCAUGCCAACUCAAAUCAUAUGCGUUAACGAAAUGUAUCUCAGCAUCAACAAGCAGUAGAACCUGCAAAAUCCAGAUGUGCUCGAUUGAUUAUUCGCCGAGUUCAUUCGACAUAUUCCUUACUGCAACCUCAAAGAAUUAUGAGGAUGAAGAUUAUGACACCUGGGAGACUGGGGGUAGGAUACGGACCGUUUUGAUUUAACGGAUGUGAUUUCGUAUCAACGGAUGCAGUGUUUCAUGGAGGAAAACUUCAUUUCGAACUCUUCAAUAUAAUUUGAAAUAAAAGUAUACACCAUAGUACUGUCUAUUAUGGAGAUCACUUGUAGACUCGCAAACUCACGGGACUGCUGUGGUGAUUUCUUCCAAUCAAAAAAUAUCCGCACAGCUUGACAUAAAAUACCGAGGGAACCAAAUAUCAGGAGGAAAACAAAUCUCAAGCGAGACUAUUUUAAGAAUGAUUCAAAAAACGCCACCUCAAUUCCUCAAUAUUCUCCCUGCAUAAUUAACUGAGACAAUAGCACAAAAGCAAAAUGACAAAGAUAGGAAGGAGCCAGAUAAACCAUUUCAAAUCCUCAGUCCGCAUAAAAUCACCAUUACGGUUUGCAAUCUUUCCUCAUCAUCUCUCGAAGAUGCUCUUCAAUUUUCUGUCGGGAGCACACGGCAUACCGUGGAAAUCUAUAUUUCUAUGCGUCUCGGCGUUGGUCAUGAUUCAUUACAUGUUGGUGGAUAUUCAGCCUAACGAUGAGCCCAUACCAGAGACAACAGAGAUAGUUGAAGCAAUAGAUAUGAUUCCAAGUCCGACGCCUUCAAAGCAUGCAGGUUCCGCAGGAACUUUUGAUGAGUUUAAAGCAAUGCUCGGUAUAUUUGGUGGAACGGAGACAUCGAAUUCAGAAGACGCGAGUCUUUCAGAGGAUACGACGAGUUUAGGAACCUUGGGGCCUGGUCAUAAGAUGAAGAAACCAUUUCUUGGAUCUAAGCAGGAUACUCGAGAUGAUGAAUAUGUUUCUGUGUGCAUGGCAGUUAAAGAUCAGCAACACGACUUACGCGAAUUCUUCAUCCACCACUACUAUCAUCUUGGGAUAAAAAGAUUCUAUAUCAUGGACGAUGGUUCUGAUCCACCUCUAUCGGAAAUGGAAGAUUUGGGUAUACCUCGAGAGCAUGUAACUUUCCAAUACUUCAAUAAAUCAGAACAUACCUACUACAUGCAAGAACACGUCUACAAACUCUGUGUCGAGAAGUACAGGAGCAAUCACACUUGGAUGGCUUUCAUAGACGCUGAUGAAUAUCUGGAGAUGACUGGAAAAGAAAUUUUAAACGAGUUUCUAGAAUCUUAUGAGGAAGAUCAACACGUUGGGGCAGUAUAUGUGUCUUGGAUGACACAUUCCUCUGCUGGCCUACUCAAAAGACCCAAGUCUGUGCGCCAGGCCUACAUCGACUGUAUAUGGGACGGGGAGGGACACAAUGUGCUAGGUAAAACCAUUGCAAAGUUGUCACUUUAUGCUGGUCCAAACACUGUCCAUCAGGUCCGAUGUAAAGACGGAGCGAUAAUUGUCGAUGAAAAUGGGAUACAGGCACCUUUGAGACGAUAUUCGCCCACGAGAGAUCGAAUAGCACUACAUCACUAUGCGCUGAAAAGUCGAGAGGAAUAUCAAGAGAAAGUUGAUCGAGGGAAUGCUAUGAGCACUCCAAAAAACUGGGGGUUUUGGGAUAGCGUUGAAGGUAUGGCAGGUAUAGAAUGUCUUUCCAUGACAGAAUAUUAUCCAUGAAUAAGAAUCGUCCAGGAUGAGCUUUGGAAGCAUUCGAAGUGUGCAUUGGUGAUUUGAGAUCGACAGGAAAUUUGUACUUAACACAUAUCGUAUUUUCUAAUUUUAAAGUGUGUUCAUCGUAUUUGAUUGAUCUCCUUGUCCGAUGGUGUUAAUUUAGAGUUGGUUGAUGGUAGUCCCGAGUGGUUAAUCGGGUGCCAGAUGGAGUUUCAUGAUCUUCAUUCACUCCUCUGAUAUGGCCUGUUAAGUAUGUUCGAUAUCUCUCAAUAGAGACUGGUGAGUACAAUUUCCAUAAGUAGAUCAGACCAGAUAUUGCUAUUUCGUGUAUCAGAACAAUAUCUCGGAGACUUGGACUUCCUGAUGGAGCAGUCUCUCACACAACAAAGCGUCGAGUCUAGAACAGGCGAUGGGAUUUUCCGUUCAAGAAAAGUCUCAUUGAUGGAACUACUACAUUCCAUGUUCGCAUCGUGAAGUCCAGCUCUCUGAAAGCUGCUUGAAGAAUCUCUGGUGUCUCGGUCUUAACGAAGGGUGUCGUAGUCACCUUGAAUGCAUUCAGAAAGGAUAUCUACACAUAGGUGCCUCCACGAAGCCGCACUGAGCAUAUUGAACGGGCCAUCAGUAUUCCGUAAACUGACUGACAGGUGCUCGAGUAGAUUUAUUGCCAUUCUCCCUUUGGUCGACAUCGGCACAUGGCGCAGAAUCACGGUUCGCA